UGAAGAGAACAUGAAGGGUGUUUCACGUAUGACGCAGCAGGAAGCAUCUGGCACCAUGUAUACACCUGGCAGGAAGCCACAGGUUCUUUCAGUCUGAUAAUAGUAUAGAAGGUGUAGCUUUGACAUUUUAAAACUGAAUGGUAAGACAGUGGAAAGAGACUUCACCAGAGUAGCUGGAAUUUCCUGGGCUGUAGGACGUUUUAAGGCACAGUUUCUUUCUGUGUGGAGAAAGAGAUCGGAUAAAGCAAGUCUUUGCAAAAGGUUAGUACUGGAUGUUUGAAGUAAGUGACUUUUUUCAGCCUUAGCAUGUGCAAUUCUAUACAGGUCUACCGCAAAGUAAGCUCCAUUGCAGCCAGUGGAACCCAGUGUGGAUAUAGGAUUGCAGUUUAAGAUACUUUAAAUUAUCUGCUGUGUGGGUUAUGAGUUAAAUAUUAACUUCAAAAAGCUACUGGAGCAAUGCAAUAAUUUUUUGCAGUUUGCUGACUUUACAGUGCGUUUGCAGAACUUUGACACAAGGAAAGAGGGGAGAAUUAAUUGCAUUUUAAUCUAUGAAAGCAGGACAAGUGAAAAUAAAGCAUGGGGCGGAUUAGCCAGGGCAAAGAGUGAAAGCACAGGAUGAGGGAGAGGAAGGGAAGAUAAAGAGCGGCUGAAAUUCAGCAAAGAGAAGGGGCUUGGGCAUGAAAUGUGGUUCAGAAUGGCAUGUUUUGCUCUGAAGCAAAGCCACAGGUCAGAGAGGAAUGUUCCCUCGUGGUGUGAGAAGGGGAAUUUCAUAUGGUUUUCUGUUGCUGGAGGGAGCGGAAACAUUGUUGGAGCUCUUGUAGAAGAAAGGCAUUGCUGAAAAAAGCCAAUUUGGAACAGACUACCAUCAUUUUAGGGACGCGGGUGGCAGUGUGGGUUAAACCACAGAGCCUAGGACUUGCCGAUCAGAAGGUCGGCAGUUCGAAUCCCCGCGACAGGGUGAGCUCCUGUUGCUCGGUCCCUGCUCCUGCCAACCUAGCAGUUCAAAAGCACGUCAAAGUGCAAGUAGAUACAUAGGUACCGCUCCAGUAGGAAGGUAAAUGGCGUUUCCAUGCGCUGCUCUGGUUCGCCAGAAGCGGCUUAGUCAUGCUGGCCACAUGACCCAGAAGCUGUACACCGGCUCCCUCAGCCAGUAAAGCGAGAUGAGCGUCGCAACCCCAGAGUCGGUCACGACUGGACCUAAUGGUCAGGGGUCCCUUUACCUUUACCAUCAUUUUAUGGGGGCGAAAUAAAGGCUGUAAAAAUCCCACAACAUACUUUUCUGGGAAUAAGCACCAUUGAAUUCUGUGGCACUUGUUUCUGUAUAGAACUUGGCUGCAUAAGACAGGAAUACCUAAGCACACUUUCCUGGAAGUGAGUGCCACUGAGUUUCAUGGGACUUGCUUCCAGGCAAACAUGUAUAGGAUUGUGUUGUAAAAGGGGGGGAGUUGAGUUUCCAUGUCACCAUUUUAAUAUUAUUAUGCAUCAUUAUUUUAAAUCUAUUGCAAAAUGUCCUUAAAUUUAGGAUUGCUUUAUGCAUACAACAACACCUGUUGAUUUGGUUCUGUACAGCUUGCAAUCAAUAAAUAAGAAAGAAUAUGUUGAUUUUCUGCAUACUGUUAAAUGCAGAUAAUACAAGAAUGGAACAUGUGCAGUUUUGGAAUUUUUAAUGCAAGCCAAAACUACUAAUGACCCCCUCGAGAACAACUUGGGUCGCCCCUUUCUUCCUUUCAGUUGGCCCCAGCUGCAAAUUUUCAUGGUCCACCCAACCACCCAUCUGGGUCCAGCUGCAAACCUCUGAAUCUCAUGAUCUGCCAAGAAAGCAUCAGCAUGUGAAAACAGCUAAAGGCGAGGGAGUAUUUCUUUAAGGUGAAAUAACUAGAUGAUCUCAGUGAAACCAACUUUACAUGUUAAAAGAAUGACAAGGCUCACAAUUUUGCAGCUGCCGUACUGGAUUUGGACCUUAACAAGUCCUAAACUGCCUGCAGGGGGACUGUUUGCAUUGCUUUUUCACUUACAAUUACAUUUAACCUUUCUGCUGUGCUGUGGAUUUCAUUCCAGUCUUAAACGAUGCACUGCCUGGGCAUGUAGAGCUGGUAAAGAGCUUUUGAGCUGUGACAUGUUUGCAGAACAGUGAUCUCGUUCAUUCAUUUUUGAGGGCAAUGGAAAUCUUGGUGUUUGCUUUAGAUUAAGUUUUCAUCAGCCUUUGAGCAUUAAUACCUGUGACUCAGCCUCGGUUGACUUGCUUCAUAGUAACUCCCAAGCCGCUGUUCUUUUCUCCCUCCAGUGUUCUCCUUUGUGUCAGGUAUAAAAAGCAAGAUGAUGUGGCUCAGACAGAAUGAUAUUGAGCUGAGAAACCACCCUAGUCAUAUUGUGUUUGUAAGCAGUGUUUAAAGCAGAGUUUCCCAGCUCAGACACCAUGGGAACGUUGUUUAACCUGUCAAUAUAUAAGCACUGAAGGCAAACAUGUGAAGAGAGGAAAGGAGGAGGAAAUACACAUUGCACAUGCACACUGCUCAUUCUCGAGCCAGUAAACAAUGGUUUGUUGUUUCUUUGUCGUUUGAACUUGGUUUAGGGGGAUGGGGACUCAACUGAGGGUGCAGUCAGAUAUGGGGAAUGCUGCAUUUGUUUUCCUGAUUAUAAGGCUAGCACUGCUCUCCCAAAUUCUAAGGUUCCAUUUAUACUGCAUUACCUAUUGUGUUGGACGCAGGUGGCGCUAUGGGUUAAACCACAGAGCCUAGGGCUUGCCGAACAGAAGGUCGGCGGUUCAAAUCCCCUCAACAGGGUGAGCUCCCGUUGCUCGGUCCCUGCUCAUGCCAACCUAGCAGUUCAAAAGCACGUCAAAGUGCAAGUAGAUAAAUAGGUACCGCUCCAGCAGGAAGGUAAACGGCAUUUCUGUGCACUGCUCUGGUUCGCCAGAAGUGGCUUAGUCAUGCUGGCCACAUGACCCGGAAGCUGUACGCCGGCUCCCUCGGCCAAUAAAGCAAGAUGAGCGCCGCAACCCCAGAGUCGGUCAUGACUGGACCUAAUGGUCAGGGGUCCCUUUACCUUACCUAUUGUGUUGUGCAACUGGCUUUUUGAUUAAGAUACCAUCAUUAAAUUUUUAAUUGGGGGGGGGCUGUAUCCCAGAAUACUGCCUCAAAUUUCAUCCCGUGAAAUUGCAACACAAAGCUCCAGCAAUUUUUUGAGUUAACAGAUUUGUAAAUGGUUUGUUUCUGGAAGAAAAUAAUACAGAAGUGAGCACUGAACUUCUGCUAGUUUUCCAGAAGUGGCCUUUAUACCCUGUGAACAAUAAUGUAAAAUGUGGAAGUUAACAGGUAAGGAAAUGUUGGGAAAACAUAAUAAAUUGCUGUCUGAAUGGAGAUCAAGUUCCGUCCUGACCUACUUAUUAUAAUUUAAAGCCUCUAAUCCAUGGGUAGGCAAACUAAGGCCUGGGGCCCGGAUCCAGCCCAGUCGCCUUCUAAAUCUGGCCCACAGACAGUCCGGGAAUCAGUGUGUUUUUACAUGAGUAGAAUGUGUCCUUUUAUUUAAAAUGCAUCUCUGGGUUAUUUGUGGGGCAUAGGAAUUCAUUCUUCUUCUUUUCCCCCCAAAAUAUAGUCCGGCCCCCCACAAGGUCCGAUGGACAGUGGACCGGCCCCCUGCUGAAAAAGUUUGCUGACCCCUGUUCUAAUCUGAACCAGCCUUCAUCAAUCCGACACCCUCCAGAUAUUGUUUGACUCCAAUCCCAUCGUCCCUGGCCCUUGGUCAUGUUGACUGGAUCUAAUAGGAGUCAUUGUCCGAAACAUGUGGGAAGGACAGAGCUAAUCCAUACAAUUCAAGUUGUUUCCAUAAAUUUGUGAGCAUUGUUAGCAUAAAGAAUAUAAACAAGGGAUUGAAUUAUAAUAAAUGUGACAGAAACCCAUGCCACAAUUUCAGACCCAACAAUAUCUACCUAUGGAGCCCAUUUCAACGCCGAUGAGUUUGUAGGUUAUUAUGGCUAAUGACUUUUGAGAUUUUGUGCUUGGGCACCAAUAUAAGAUAUUAUUUAUUUCAUAAAAUGUAGACACCAUUUGAUUGUAAAAACAUUGUUUACAGUGUUCUCCCCUUAAAUGUCCUUGGGACUAUAGUCUUUGGAAAUCAGACAAUCCUUCCAUGUCCUUUUCCUGUUGUAACCACAAGAAUACUCAGCCUUUCCAUCUGUGCAUAAUACAUAUUCUCUUCAUUUUGCUCCACCUAAUCAAACUUUUCAGCAAAAUCGUACCUGCAUGGUUGUGUACACAAUUUAUUUAACUAACCUUUUUCUUCUCCCCAUUAAAUGGCACUCAUCAGGAAACCAGCAGCUUGGAAAUAUGUCUGGGAAACCAAAACUGACGUAUUUUGAAGGCAGAGGAAGAAUGGAGUCCAUCAGAUGGCUCUUAGCAGCAGCUGGAGUGGAGGUUGGUUGCUUACGUUUGGAAAACUCCCCUUACACCAGAUUGCUUGCGAAAUUUGCACUAUUGUGUGCUUGGAGCUUUGAACAGGAGAUUUCACAAUUCACAGCUCACACUCUUAGCUAUUUCUGUAUCUACAGAAGAGCCAAUGCAGUACCUUUAUGCAAUGAAAAGAACUGGCAUGACAUAGGAAUGAAAAUAACUUGAUCUGUUUUCCUGUCUUUUUCCAGUUUGAAGAAACGUUUUUGAAAACAAGAGAACAGUAUCUGAAGUUAAUCAAAGGUAAAACUCACGGUGCAAACCUACAUAUGCCUAUUCAGAGGGGAACCCCACUAAAUUCAGUGGGGCUUAUGCCCAGAUAAGUGAACAGCUUUUUGCUACCCAUGUAUCUUUUUCUCCAAAAUCUGAAAAUACCAUUUGACAUGUUUAACAAAUAUGUCAUCUGAAACGACAGUCAAACUCCAUUCUUUUGUUUAAGGAUAACCUUGCAGGUGGCUUGCACGUCCAACUAAAUCUGAGCAAAUGCCUGAAGCUUUACUUAUAACCUGGAUUUAAGGCUGUUGACAAGGGGGUUAAAUUGAUUGUAACUGCACUAUAAAUGCUAAGUCUUUAUCAGCAUAUAUGGUGCAGCUAUGAUCAGUUAAACCACUAAGAAUAGGCUUAAAUCUUCCAGGUUAUAAAUGGCUUAAAUCUAGGUUGUUAAGUGGAUUGUUUGCUCAGAUUUAGCUAGAUGGCCAAACUACAAGAUUGUCCUUGGAGAGAUUAGUGGCGUUCAACUGACUUUCCAGAUGACAUACUGACAAAGGGUACAUGAGCAGCAAAAGCUACCAUGGAUGGUUGUUUCCUGGCACCUUGCAUUGCUUAUUUUCCUUACUGUGGGCAACUCAUGCAUGCAUCUGUGUUUUUAUAUUGAAUGUUGGUGCUGUAGGUGCAGACAAUGUUUCAUGAGAACAUUCAUCUAUAGAUAACAUGCAGUGAGGAAUGCACAGAGAUUGCUGCUGUUUCUCACAACUGUUUGACUCUUAUGUCACUAUUUUUAUUUCAGCUAGAAGUAGGUAUGUGGCUGAACUCUUGGGCUAGCUAGACAGUUGUUGAGUUUUUUUGAGAGCUGAAGGUAGUUUGAGAGAGACCUCAGCAUCCAUGGGUCUGCACACACACACUUCUUUUGUCCCACUAUUGUUACCUCUGGUCAAACAGGUUUUCCAUGUUUUUCUGAAACCACAAAAUGUUUACCAAAGGCAAAAGUAGAAUGCCCACAUACAAGAAGCAGCAAAAGAAGCAGAAUCUUUCUUUUGUCCAGCCAAGGGUGUUUUCACACAUAAAGCACAAGUCAUGCUGUUGCCUCUUCUGCUCCUGAAUGUCCCACAUAUAAAAUAUAAAAUGUAAAAUCUAUAUUGGUAGGAAUAUAUUGGUAGGCAUCAGGCUUGUUUACACAUUUUUGUCUACUUGAAGAAGCCAUGGUCCGAUCUGAAAAAUACAAAUAUUAAGGUUACAAAACUAUACAAAUAAAGAAAAUUUGAGCUUGCAAAACAAUAAUUACCAUGUGGUUAGGGUAGAACGACGGGUCAGUGUCCACUUAUCCCCAGUGUAAAUAUGACAUAUCGGCAAAAGUCGGAAACUAGAAGAUAACUAUAGCAUGUACAUGAAAAUCGGUUUCAGAUUUGAAAUCAGCGUUGAAAGAACGUAUAAGAACAAUUGAAAAAUCUCAUGCAACAGAAAAUGGAGGAAAGAAAUGUUGGAGAUCUGGACGGGGGAAACAUAAUUAAUAUUCUCCCCAAAAUGUGUAAUAUUCCUCAGUGCAAAAGAUCUUUCUAAUUUUAUUGCAUGUUACAUAAUCCAGGCUGCAAUCCACAAGCUCUUCCUUGAAGGCAGUUUUAAAUGGGCUUGAGUACCUGGGCUGUGGGAUAGAAUAUUGUAACAUGCCUCCUUGGAACAAUUAGCUUUAUUUUGCUUGGUGUAUUCUUUGGGGGUGGUAGAUUAUAAAAUGGCCCCAGGAUCUGACAUUCAAAUGGCCUGAGCAUGUAGAAAUCUGUCCAGAUUUAAAGGUGUGGUUGAUUCUUGGAAUGCUGCAGAACCCAUGGGAAGCUGGAGGUUUGAAUCAUAUGCAAAACAGGGCCUGGGUUAGAAAAUUUACUGCUUAGCAAUAUUUUCGAAUCCUUUCAAUUAUUUUAAGCAUUGUUUAGCCAAAAAGGUUCCCAGAGUGGCUUACAGAUCUUGAAAAUAAGACAAUUCCUGCUCUCAGGCUAACAGUCUAAAAGAUGUGACACAAAAGGAAAAAGGUGUUAGGCAGAGAAGAAAAUAAGCAAAAAGCUGAUUCCAGUUCUUAGUGCUACUAGGUAAAGAUAAAGGAACCCCUGACCAUUAGGUCCUGUCGUGACCGACUCUGGGGUUGCGGCGCUCAUCUCGCUUUAUUGGCUGAGGGAGCUGGCGUACAGCUUCCAGGUCAUGUGGCCAGCAUGACUAAGCCACUUCUGGCAAAACAGAGCAGCGCACGGAAAUGCCGUUUACCUUCCCGCCGGAGUGGUACCUAUUUAUCACUUGCACUUUAACGUGCUUUUGAACUGCUAGGUUGGCAGGAGCUGGGACCGAGCAAAGGGAGCUCACCCCGUCGCAGGGAUCUGAACCGCCAACCUUCUGAUCAGCAAGCCCUAGGCUCUGUGGUUUAACCCACUAGUUUCUUCUACAAAGCCAAAAGGGGCUGGUCUCUCUGCAGAACUAACAUAGGAGCCCUAGCAAAGCACUUCUUGCUAUGCUGAGCUGAUUUCCCCCAGCUCUGCAAACUGUGUAAAGUAUUGGUUGUUUUUUCUAUCUCAGGUUGUGAGCUUGGUGCAAUCUUGUGUUAGACACUCACACAGGUGGCACCUGGGAAAGGUGGGAGAGCUUAUUCAGUGAGUCGAAUGUUGGACUCAUUAGUCACCAUAGCAGGGAGAAGUCAGCUUUUCUUCUCUGACACCGGAAGAGCCUCCAGUCUAUUUGGAAGGUUGCACACACAUUCCAGGCAUGAGAUACGUUACUAAAUGAUAGUACCGUAGAUUGAAAUUUCUCUUGGCUGUUUGCCUUCUGGCAGAAAGGGAGGCCACAUGCUAGCUUUGAAAGUGCUUCACUGUGGAGGAAUCUUGCCACAUUUCCUUAAUCUCACAGAAUAACUGUUUUGGAAAGAUGAAUGACUUUGCUUUUGCUUUUUUCCUUUGCUUUCCUAAAGAUGGAUACUUGCUGUUUGAUCAAGUCCCUCUGGUCGAGAUGGAUGGACUGAAGCUGGUCCAGACCAAGGCCAUCCUCAACUACAUCGCGGGGAAAUAUAACCUCCAUGGGAAGAACCUGAAAGAAAGAGCACAGUACUGUAUCAUGGUUUACCAAACUGUACUUGAUAGCUGCAUUAAAAGACUCCAGUGGCGUUAACAGUAUUUGCACAUGCUCACAAAUUUGCAUUGCCCAGGAAAGAGAAAAAAAGCUGUGAGAGGCUAAGGAAAAGAUAUUCUGGAAGAGUUUAGCUUCUGGUUUGGUGUCUAACUUGUUCUAACACCCAUCCCAUAUGUGUGUUCAUCCGGUGUGUUACAUUUUAUGGGUGAUGUCCAAUGUUGAUCACACUCGGAAUGGACCCACUGAAAUCCAUGAGCAAAAGGCCACUGAUUUCAAUGGUCUCCUUGUUCUUCUAUGUAUGACUAACCUUGGCUUUUACCCUAACAUCCUACUGUUAUGUGCUCUCACUUUAGAGUGUCAAGGAGCAGUAUUUAGAGGUUCAGCUUCUUUUAGGAUGAUGGAGAGGGAACCCUGAAGGCUUAUGGUGCCUUUGUAUAUAAUGGCGUUAUUUACAUAUCUAGGGAAGCAAGCAGCCUUUCCACCAGAAAGUAGCAGCUCCCUAGGCAGCUGUUUCUGCAGCUUCCUUGAAAUAGCUCCUAGGUUCAGCUAAUUCCACUUAGAAACUUCCAGUUCUCUCUCUCUAAGGGGGUUCAGAUAACCGCUAAGCAUUGAAAUAAUGCAUGAGGAUAGGUCAACAGACCACAUAAGCUAGACCCACCUCCCAUUUUUAUGUUCCUAUUUUCCCAAGAAGUUCAAUCUAGCAGAUUAAUUUUCCUUAUCCAUGCUUGCCUUGUCCUCACAGCAUUGACAUGUAUGUGGAAGGAACCAUGGACCUGAUGGGCAUGAUUCUGGUGUAUUCUUUCUCUCCACCUGAGCAAAAGGAGAAGCAGCUUGCUUCUGUUCUUGAGAAGGCCACUACCAGGUACUUCCCAGUCUACGAAAAGGUAAGACAACAACGAUUCCCAUUUGUACCUACAUCAGGGAUGGAGAACCCAAAGCUGAGUUACACAUUACCCAGGACCAGCCUGUGCCUUCUAGAUCUUUUGGACAACAAUUCCCAACUGGCAGGGUAUUUCAAGGAACAGUCCUUACCCUCUCCUUCCUGGUCUUCAAGAGUUUAUUUGCAGUGCCUUGUCCAACUUUAUGUUACCAAAUCAAUGGUUGGACUAAAUCGAUGCCUAGGGUUGUCCCUUUUUUGUUUUCAACUUCAUCACUUGAUAAAGAUUUGCAUAGCUGGAAAUAUAUAUUGCAGGGAGAGGGCUAGAUUUCUCCCUCCAGGCAUUCAAGUCCCAGCAGGCAGGCCUUCUCAGCCUUGGCUGCCAAGUGAUGGCCGUUCCACCAGGCAUCACUUCUGCUCAGUAAGUCUCUCUGUAAACUAAUAGUGAUCUCAAUUCUUUGAGUGCUGGUUUUUAUGCAGCCAAAAUGGCAUCACGCAGACAUAUGAGGGAGGCAUCAGCAUGCUUUGGGGAACCCCUGAGGUUUUCGGAAAAACAAAAGCUCUUUAGGUGGUGGUGGGGCACUAAGGCAGUUUUAAAAAGAACAAAACACCUUGAAACACUGAGAAGGGGCAAAGCAUGGUGUACUGAGUGACUGGAGUUUUUUUUGGGGGGGAGGAGAGCCGAAAAUGAGGAUGGGUAGCUAGAAUCUUCUACCCUGCAAAUUCUGAUGAUUCCCUCACAGCUGGGGGGGGGGGAGGUUCACCUACAUUAUCUCUUAUUUGAGCCUGUCUCACCUGGUUCAAAUAUGCCUGUAAGGGAGAGGAGUGGGGAGGGAGCUAUCAAGUUCUGGGUAGCAUCUAUGACGUUUGAAUAGAAGUCGGCCACACUAUCCCAAAAUUCCCCAGCAAAAUUAAAAGUACAUUCUUUAUUUUUGUUUUCUAGGCCCUGAAACAGCCUGGACAAGAGUUUCUCGUUGGCAAUCGCCUCAGCUGGGCAGACGUACAGCUGCUUGAAGCAAUCUUAAUGGUAGAGGAGCUAAAAUCUGAUGUUCUCGCACCCUUCCCUCAACUGCAGGUAAACUGUUUUUCGAGCGCGUUGUGCAUAAUUCUGCUCUUGUCAUGUCUCAGAAUGUGUCAGUUCUGACCUCUGGAUUGACGUGUGUAGAAUUCAACUAAGGCUAAGCUUGACCCUUCUUUCUUUCUUCUUUCUUUCUUUGGUGAUCACUCGUUGUCUUCCAUAAACACAGUUUUAACAAUGAGUCCAUAAGUGACUGUGGAGGCCAAUUCUAAAUCCACACGUCCUUCCACAGUGGGGACAUUGGUUUCCGGGUGGGAGUUGAUCACGGUGUGGAUUUGCCAAGCGUGCCUUCCUCUUAGCACAUUUCUCCCUUGCAUCCUGAGUUUGAGUGUCUUCAAAGCCCAUGGCACCUUUGGUAAAGGCUGUUCUCCAACUGGAGCGCUGGCCUGCGAGCGCUCCAGUUAGAGAACAGCCUUUACCAAAAGCUUGACCCUUACACAAGGGACCAUAAUGAUUCCCUAUCUGGGCAACUGAUUCCAGGAAGCUGCCUUCUAGAAAGUCAGACUGUCAGUCCAUCCAACUCAGCUUUGUCUACGCCAACUGGCCAAUUCUCCAUAAUUUCAGACAGGGGAACCUCUGAGCCCCACUUGGGGAUUGAACCUGGAACCUUCUGCAUACAAAGCAGAGGUUGUACCAUGGAUUUAUGGCCCUUCCUGCUCCUUCCCUGCUCCCUCUCAGCAUGUUGGAUGAAGGACUCUGGGAGGGUGCAGUGACCUCUCUUUGCUCAUCUUCCUCACACACACACCCAAUCUUUAGGCAAUGUGCUGUGACCAUGAGUCAUUGAUUUUUACAGUGCUUGAUUGUUCAAACAACAACCCUCAAAGCUGUUAACUCAGCCUGGACACUGAGAUCCAGCACCGAGGGCCUUCUGGCGGUUCCCUCAUUGCGAGAAGUGAGGUUACAGGGAACCAGCCUUCUUGGUAGUGGCACCCGCCCUGUGGAACGCCCUCCCUUCAGAUGUGAAGGAAAUAAGCAGCUAUCUUCUUUUUAAAAGACAUCUGAAGGCAGCCCUGUUUAGGGAAGUUUUUAAUAUUUAAUGCUGUAUUGUUUUUAACACUUGAUUGGAAGCCCUGGGGAAACUCAGCCAGAUGGGCGGGGUAUAAAUAAUAAUAUAUUAAUAAUAAUAAUAAUAAUGACUCAGUGGUGUUGAUGUGAUGAAGCGAGCCAAGGGAGAAACCAGACCACUCUGCCCACCUUCUCUCCCCACGCUUCUCAAGUCCUGCUGCUACCUUGACACAGUGGCUCUCUGACACUGUUCUUGGCAGACUGGCAAGACCUAAGUGCCAGUGGUGUAGCGUGGGUUGCUGGCACCUGAGGCGGGGCAAGUGUUAUCCCCACCCCACAGUGGACUGGGCAGCUGGUGUGAGGGCACGUGCUGGGCUGCGUGUGUUUGCACAGAGCCUGCAAGGAGGAUGAACAGAGCCCGCCUCCAAUAGGCUCUUUGCUGGCUGCUUCCAUCCACCUGCCAUCUAAACCAACCCACCCACUGCUGUGCCUCAGCUGCCAGGGCUCUGUGCCUGUCUUGAGGGUGCCUGGUUGUGCCCCCUCAAAUAUGUGCACCCCGGGCCACAGUCUCCCCCUGCCUCCCCCAAAGGCACACUCCACAGAGCUGCUUCCCUGAGCACAAUCCCCAUCUUGUACCAUUAUGUUUGCGUCUCGAGGCCCCAAGACCCACCCCCAAAAUAAAUACACACAGACAAUUAUAUUAGUUUAAGUUUUGGGGUAAAUUUUGGCCACAACUUAAUUGAAAUACAAUCACAUAAGCGGUAUUGGCUUAGGCAUUGACUCCCCACUAUAACUGACUCCACCUCUCAGGGUGAUCGACCAAUGGGGUAAACCAAACAAGGGAGCAAGGUCAAUGGGGACCAACCUAAGCUCACCCUGGGGUUCCUGUGGUCCUGGCAUGGCCCUAGCCCUUCAAGCGGACUUCGGACGAGAUCCAGGACCCCCAGACUCCCUUAACGGAAUACCCAAUUCCUGGAGGGGCAGGUGAUGGCCACACCUCCCAUCCCCCACAUUUCAAUAAGCCAAUGCCUAACCGCCACCUCACAAGUUGUGACGAUUUGCUAAGGGGUAGGCGAAAACCAAGUGGCUAUAGCCAAUCUGCCAAAUGGAAAAAAUUCCUACUGCUCUGUUCAAACAGGCACCCAAACAAAGGCGCUGGUGACUUCACUUAAACUAGGAGGUGGCGGUGUCUCAGGCCAGUAAAUGCAAGUGCCCCACUUGUAUAACACUGCUGCUUUUAAAGCCCUAGAUCACUGCACUACUGGCUAUUAUUAACAGUUUAGAAAUGCUGUGAAUCAAGAUUGGAGUAGGGAUAGAUGAAUCUCUCAGAUUCAAGUUGUCUCUGUUUCAGUUUUCCAAUCUCAAGUGGAGUUUGCUACCUUUCCAGGGUUUUUUCACUAGGUUUUUUUUUAGUGUGCAUAUUUCUUAACACGGAGAUUAUUGUAUCCAGUGCAGUAGCCUAAUACGCCCACCUUUGCAAGUGAUUUCCCCUAAUAGAAAUCAUUUGGGGAACUCAUUGUCACUCACAGUAUAUGCGAUUUUUGUGCACUUUUCUCUAAAAAUUCCAUUUUUGUGGAGGGGAAAAGUUCAUUUGGAGAAGCGCAUAGCAAAAUGCAAAGAAGGGCAAAUGCUGAAGGACAGUUUCCUGUUUCGUGGAACAUGAAUUAUGCUAUUUAUCCUUAAAAUGCAAAUUUCUCCACAAAUGGGAAGAAGUGAAAUUUUUCGGGGGGGGGGGGAGGUGGCAGCAGGAACAUGUACUCAGGAAGAUACACCCUAGGGAAGUUCCCACAUAGCUCCAGCAAUGUGCCCAGAGGCUUCCACUUAUGCAGCUGAUUGCAGCCUCUGGUUUCCAUAUCAAAGAAGUGGACUUUUUUGCCAGAUUUAGAUGUUGGCACCACAGAGUGGGAUCCAUUCAGCAGGGAGCAGCAACCAGACCAUGUGGAUAUUAGCUUUUUUAUAUGCAGGGCAAGUCUCUCUUUCUGAUGGUUGCUUUAUAUUGACACAAUUCCUUUCUAAACAGAUCUUCAGGUUGUAUUUUCAAAAAUCCUUUUAAAAGGAUGUUGCUCUAUACUCAAGAAGCUAUUCUGUUGCUUGGGGGGGGGUACUUCUUUGUUUUAUUUGUUCAUCUUUUGCUCUAGGCUUUCAAAGCAAGGGUAAGCAAUCUUCCCACUAUAAAGAAAUUCCUGCAGCCUGGAAGCCAAAGGAAACCGCCCCCUGACGAUGCAUAUGUCGCAACUGUGCAUGAAGUUUUCGCGAGUAAAUAAGAAGCAUUGCAUCAGAUUUUUAAGUCACUAUGACUGCUGAAAACCAGUAGGCCUGUAAAUUAAAUGAUUGUUACCUCUCAUGAAAAAGCAAAAAGUGACAAUACGGAAUGUUGAGCAGAUGUUGUUUCUGUGCAUGGGGGUAAAUUGAUUUAAAGUAUGUAAAGUGCUUGCAUUAAAAUAUUC